AUGAAAAAAGAAAAUGGAAACUGUGAUACUGAACCUAUUCCCUUAUCAAUAAUAUUAUCUAAUGAUAAUGAAAAUACAAACGAAACCAUCAUAGAAACCAAUAAUAAAAGUGAUACCAGCGGUAAUGAUAAUAAUAAUAAUGAUAAUAAUAAUAAUAAUAAUAAUAAUAAUAAUAACGAGAAUAAAGAAAAAGAGCAUCACCAUCAUAAAGUACCUAUUUUUGCCUAUGUAAUAUUAGGAUUUGCAUUAUUAGCAAUGUCAAGUAGUGGUGUUGCAUUAAAAUCAAUUGAAGCACCGCCACUUCUUAAAGCAAGUUGGAGACUUCAAUCAACAUCAAUAUUAUUAUUUUUUGGAUUAAUCUAUGAAGUUACAAUGAUUUAUAACUUUCAUAAAAAGAUUAUACAAAAGUUACCAAAAUCUUUAAUUUUAUUAUUACCAAAUAAAAUUUCAAUUAUUUAUAAUAAUUUUGAUAAAUUAAAAGAAGAAGAAGAACAAGAACAAGAACAAAAUGAAGAUGAACAAAAUGAAACAAAUUACAAUAAUCAAAAAAAAGAAAUUGAAAAAGAAAAAAAUAAAGAAGAAAUUAAAAUUAAAUUAUUUCAAAGGAAAACUAUUUUAAUUUUACUUGGUACAGGGAUAAUCCUUGGAUUUCAUUUUUCAUUUUGGAUUAUAUCUUUAGAUAAAACCACUUUAGCUCACAGUUUAUUAUUUGUAACUUCAUCACCAAUUAUGAUAGUUUUGGUAAUGAUAAUAAGAAGAGCACCAAUUUCAAAAGGUGAAAUUAUAGGUUGCAUUUUAGGUUUUAUUGGAUUAAUAAUUACAUUAUUCGAUUCUUUAUUUUUUAAUAAUAAUAAUAAUAAUAACAAUAAUGAUGAUAGUAUUGGUAGUGGUAGUGGUAGUAGUAGUAUUGGUAGUGGUAAAUCUAAUCAAAAUCCAACAGUAUAUGGUGACUUUUUAGCAUUAAUGGGUGCAGUAUGUAUUGUUUUUUAUUUAUUUGCAGGUUCAUUACUUAGAAAAUGGAUGCCAUUAUUUUGUUAUGCAUUUCCUGUAACUUUUAUAGCUUCAAUAUUCUGUUCAAUUGCAUCAUUAAUUUUUGAAGAAACAGAUUUAUUCAUAUUUGGUUGGGUUUCAAAAUCUUUUAUAUUAUUAACUUGUUAUUUAGCUGUUUUCCCUGGAUUUAUUGGGCAUACGGGAAUGAACGCGAUUAUUAAAUAUAUUGAACCUGUUGUUAUUAGUGUUACAUUAUUAUUAGAACCUCCAAUUGGAUCAUUAAUGGGAUACGUAGUUGGUGUUGAAGGUUUACCAACAUUUUUUACAUUCAUUGGUGGUCCUUUCAUUAUUGGUGGUUGUUUAUUAGUAACAAUUUCAUCACAUCUCAGAAAUAAAAAAUUACAACAACAACAACAACAACAACAACAACAACAACAACAACAACAACAACAACAACAACAACAACAACAACAACAACAAUCACAACAAAACUAA